AUGACAGACUCCAAAGGCGGCAAUGUAUUCCAUCUAGCAGCUUUCUGGAAUGUGCCUCGAGUAUUUGACCUCUUACAACCAGAAACCGAAUAUUUGGCUCGAGAACCAGACAAAAAUGGGGAUCUUCCGAUUCAUAUUGCGAGCAAGAGGGGUCAUGUUGAACUAAUCAAUAAGCUACAUCCGGUGUCACAGUGGGUGAAUGGGAAAAGACAAACCGUUCUUCAUGUGGCAGCAAAAUACGGAAGAGAAGAAGUAGUGAGAUCUAUACUCAAACAUCCGGAUCUGAAGGAGAUGAUAAAUGAAAGAGACCAUGAUGGAAAUACACCUUCACACUUGGCAGCGAAGUAUUUACAACCCGCCGCUUUGGUUCAUCUUGUGCUGGAUGGAAGAAUGAACCCCUCCCUUCUCAACCAUAAACACUUGGCUGUUGUCGACAGUGCUCCAAAUCACUCACCAUCACCAACAUGGAUACGGCCGCACUUGGUACGCAUCCUGUUGAAUGCCGUGUCAGCUGAGAGACGAGAUCUAUCCAUACUUGAGCCAGAAGCUCGAGACAAAGUGUACACGGACGGAAGUUUGGUAAAACCUCCCGAUGUGAAAGAACCUAUCGAUACCUUGUUGGUGGUGGCAACACUUGUGACCACUGUGACUUUUGCAGCUGGUUUGGCAGUUCCUGGAGGAUUUAACGGCUCAGACAUGGCAUCCAAAGAUGACAGGGGCAUGGCUACGAUGCCGGGCAAUAUAAAGUUCCAGAUAUUCGUGAUUUGCAACACCUUCGCGAUGUUCUGCUCAAUGGCCUCGGCCGUUGUCUUCAUGUUAACACACGUGCCCGAAGUCCACUUUGCAGUAUUUAAAUUCGAUCUUGCAGGAGGGCUACUAGGAAUGUCACUCCCGGCAAUGUCCUGCGCUUUCUUAAUUGGUGUCACCUUGACCUCUGGCAAACUCCCUUGGCUUGCCACCACGAUAUCAAUUAUCGGAUCUAUUUUCAUCUUCAUCAUCACAGGUGGUCUAUUUUGGAGGCUGGCUGAUGAAUCAUUAAUCUUUCCCAUCGCUAUCCCCUACCUUCCUCCUAUCCGUCCUCUGAUAUUCAGGUGUUUCCCCCGUUACCUUAAUUAUAUACGAGUUGAGACGACGCUCAUUUCGGAUGACUGAAAAGCAGACAGAACGGGGAGCAAGACCUCUGCUAGUCCGCCCCUGGGUGGUGGCGGUAAAGAUUGAUUUGCAUAAACAAAUAUAUAUUUGCCUUGGUGGAUUUGGCUUAUUCUAUAUUUGCUUUCCUAUUGCAUUACAUUAAUGAUGACUGUUGAAGUAUUUAAGUUCAA